AGAAUCAAAAUCUAACACCUAAAGUGUUAAUCGCAACCCCUAUUAUAAUUGAAAAUCACAAAUGUUACCAUUGGUAUCGAUAUCGAAAAGUGCACUCUUGAAUACUAAAAAUCUAAAAGUAUUUAUCAAUUUUGAUUUUUAUUUUACCAUUUCAAUUUUAAAUCAAGCUAGCAAAUUGAAGCUUUUCGACUCCCACUUCUUAACUCGGUCGGCAUUUGUGAUUUUUCCAUUUCAAUAGAAAUUUGACUGAGGAUACAAAGACAAAAAAAAAAUGGAUUGGAGACAAGGGGAUAGUUGUUUGCAGUGGAGUGGCGUGGUGGUUUUGCUUCACAGCUCGCAUGCUUCUGUGUGAUUUUGUUGUGAUAGGUAUAUGAUUUUGUGUGGUUUUGAUUGUGUGUGUCUUGCUACAAGAAAAAAAUUGGGUUAGGAUUUGAUGCAGAAGUGGUUGGGUUAGGCAUUACCAAUGGUGGAUAGGUGGUGGAGGCUAGUUGGAAGAGGUUGUUCCUAUUUGUGUGUGUUUGGUGGCGUUUGUGAAUAUAAUGUAGUAGGUUGUGGUGGUGGCGGUAUGUUUGCGGUGGUGGUGGCAAACAAUAUGGUGGUGAUUAUGUCAAUUGGCGGCAUGUUUGUGUUCUUGAAAUUGAGGAAAAAAAAGGUGAUGAUGUGGCGUUGUGAGGUUGGUUUGUAGUGGAAUCAACAAAAAACUAACCUUACAACAUGAAACAUAUCCUUUUUACUAAAGGGUAUUUUUGUCAUUUCAUAACUUCUGUUAGACAAAUAAGACUGAAGUGACUGAUAGAGGAGGUCAGUGCUAUUAUCCAAACAAGAGUAGGUCUAAUUGUUAUUUGACCAAAUCUCAAGGAAGGUGCCUCAAAAAUAUGCACCAGAAUGAAAUUUUGAUCAUUGUGUUAGGAUACCAUCUCCGAAUGUUGACUCAAAGUUCCAUUUGUUUAUUGCUCCAAUUUCAGACAAGUCUUAUAUCAUUUUCCAUGCUGUGAGAAUCUCCAAAAGUACAAGUUGGGAAAUCCAAGAACAUUUCAUUAUUUGAAUAAAUCAAAAUGCUACGAGUUAGAUGGCAUUGAUGAUUCUAAAGAUUACAUUGCUACAAGGGAGGGCAAUGGAUGUUGUCGGAAUAAGUACCGAGAAACAGGUUUUUUUGGGGCCGGUUAAUGUGGGAAACACAAUUCUUCCACUUUUAAAAUCUCUCCUAUAAUGUCUUCCUCUUAAUUUUUCUUCCUUCCUUAGGAUGUGAUCUUUUGAGUUGUGGCUGCAAUUCUCCAUCUUGGAUUUGGAAAAAUUGGAUCUGCUAUGGGAAAGGAAAUCGACUUGUCUGUGCCUAAAAUGAAAAGUCUUGGUUUCAUAUUAGAACUGCUGCAGAACUGUUCAUGUAAAGGAUCUCUUUCAUUGGCACAAGCACACACUAAAAUGAAGUGUGACACAAAGGCUUUAGAGGAUUCCCUCUGCAAAGAUGUAAUUGUAACUUGUGACAAAACCAUUACCAAAUGGCUUGAUCCAGAAGCUGCAGUUGUCAGUAGAGAUGCUUUGGCAAAAAUUGUGUACUCAAGGCUGUUUGACUGUUCUGUACCCCCAAUUGUUUUUGAAAUAUCCAGAUGCAAUUUUUGCUGUACUGAUAUAUCCAUACUGCAAGCUGUGGAUAAGAUCAAUAGUUCAAUUGACCCAGACUCAAAGUACUUCAUUGGGGUGCUGCAGAUAUAUGGAUUUGAGAGCCUCAAGAUAAACAGAGACUUUGAAGAGGUAGGGGAACUGCUGCGCAUGUCUCAUUUGCUUGGUUAUGUUUUGGCUCAGUCUGUCUCCAAUACUUGUGCUUCGAGCAAUUUUGCAUGGAUCUGA